GGGCUCCAUCGGCGGCAAAUCGCGGCUAUCAGCUGCGCCAAGCCCGCCGGAAUAAUCAAGGUCCAUCUCACUCAGCAUCACUGGCCAAUGCCGUCUCUUAUCAACGGCGCGGCCUCGCUGCGGGCGCUGCUCCGGCCGACCACAGAUGAGCGCCAGGCGAAGCUCUCCGGGGCUGGGGCCGGCGGCGCCGCGGGGCUCUUCAAGAUGUUCAAGCUCCUGCCGAUGCUCACCACCGGGUGCAAGAUGGCGGCGCUGCUGGGGCGGCACAACAGGGCGCCCCUCCUCGCGGACCACGCGCCGACGGUGACGCUGUUCGGGCACCAGCGCGGGCGGCUGAGCCUGGCCAUCCACGAGGACACGCGCGCGCCCCCCGUGUUCCUGAUCGAGCUGCCUAUGCUGGCGGCCGCGCUGCACCGGGAGAUGGCCACGGGCACCGUGAAGCUGGCGCUGGAGAGCGACACGCGCAGCGCGCGGCGGCGGCUGCUGGAGGAGUACGUUUGGGCUGUCUACUGCAACGGGCGCAAGGCCGGGUACGCCAUCCGGCGGAAGGACGCGUCCGACGACGACCGGCACGUCCUGCGGCUGCUGCGCGGCGUGUCCAUGGGCGCCGGAGUGCUGCCGCCGGCGCCAGACGAGAGGGGCGGCGCGGGCGCAACGCCUUCCGCGGGGCCCGACGGCGAGCUCACCUACAUGCGCGCCCGCGUCGAGCGCGUCGUCGGGUCCAAGGACUCUGAGGCGUUCUACAUGAUCAACCCGGACGACGGCAGCGACAGGGGCGCCGAUAGCGCGCCGGAGCUGAGCAUCUUCCUGGUGAGGAAGAAGUGAGAAAAGUUACAUGAGUACGUAACUACGUAUCUAUAGUUCGACACAUUACUGUUCUCUUGUGUACAUAUACGGAUAUACCGUGUGAAGAGAGCUAUAUAUAUGUGCACUAUAUAUCAAUGGAAAAG